AUGCGCGCUUACCAACUGUACAGCAUUCCGUGUUCUAAUGAGGCCAAAAGCCGCAGCUACAAUGCCAGGUCACCACGGAUCCACCUGAACCCAAAGCCACUUCUGAGAUUGUCCAUGGCUCCAUCUCUCACCCUCAUUAAAGAGAGUCAGCUCCUGUAG